AUGCGGCUGUACGAGCGCAACGUAGCAUACAUCCGAGUGGGGAAGACCAAGAUGCUGCCGCUGAUCCUCCACGUCCGCCCUGCCGACCUCGAGUGGUUGGGCAUGGCCAUGGUCCGCGAUGAGCUCCUCCCGCUUCUCCGCCCACUGGUGGCCGAGACACUGGCGGUUGCUGAGGCCCUGCGCCCAGGUCAGCUCGACGACGCGCUUCCGCCGCGAGUUCUAGUCGGAUCGCUGCUGCAGGCCACCGUCCGCUGGGCGCCUGCUGCGGCAGAGACCGCCCGCUGCGAGCUGCUGAGGCUGCGGAUGGGCCCGGCUGCCAGGCCCGUCGCAUCGGGCAAGCGGCCGCGAGCUCCCGUCGGAAGCGAGCUGCCCGGCGAGGAGGACGAAGACGGACGGGCACGCAAAGCACGCAAGGUGGACGAGGACGCACCGCCAGCAGCGCAGGCUCGUGCACCACCUGGCUCGGCACCGGCCUCUUCGUCGGGCGCGGCCGGGCCGAGCCGUGAGCCGUUGACGACGUCGGCGAGGGCGCUGGUGGUGCGGGUCUAUCCGGUGGCGCAGGAUGCGGAGAACCCGAUAGUCAUGCUCGACAUGCCAGAGAAGAGCUAGGCGCAAGAGGCGAUCAGGCACGGUUUACUCCAGGCCGCGCUCGGCAAGCAGGAUGUCUGAGAGCUCAGCGAGGUGGCGGGCGAGGUCUGCCGAGCGGGCAAGCGGCGAGGCCAUGGUGGCGUCGGCGCCGGCGAGGUUGAUCCAGUACAGGUCCGAGUCUAGGUGGUCGAGCGGAGCAAGAGCAAGAUAGACAACGGUGCUGACACCCUCCUCGGCAGUCUUCAUGACCAGCGAAGCAGUGGCAUCAAAGACGACACGCUGGAUGGCCCGCACCGGCGCACCGAGAAAGCCGAGCGCGUACGGAAAGGUCCAGAUGGAGGUGACGACGGCGCCAGGAUGAAGUGCGAAAGCGGCGAUGCCGUCGUCGCGCAGGUAGCGGGUGUGGAGGAUGUUGGCGAGCUUGUUGUGGCCGUAGGAGAGCAGGCUGGACUUUGUGGGCGCGGCAAUGCGCUCGGGCGCAAAGACGCUUGUCGGCUCGCCAGGUGUCCGCGGAGUGGCAAAGUGGUGGCCCUCGGAGGCGACGUUGAUGACGCGCCCUUGGCAAGCUUUCAGGACCGGGGCUAGCCGCUUAGUGAGGAGGUGGUGCGAGAGAUGCAUGACCUGGAAUCCCGGUUCGAGGCCGUCACCUGUGAGCGGGGCGGGGCGCGGGAAAAAGCCGGCGUUGUUGACAAGGAUGUGGACGCCGCCGGCAUCGACCAGCC